UCCUCGGGGGGGGUGUGUGUGUGUGUGUGUGCGUGUGUGUGUGUGUUGGUGAUAUGAGGAAGAUGUUGAGUCUGAUCUCCACAGUGGUGAGAGGAGGUGUCUCCGGAAUGUAGCUGAGCUUGUAUCUGAGGGGAGCAGAGUGAUUGUGUCAGCGAGGACCUACACAGAUUUCACGCCUCAAGCCACUUUCGACAUUAAGAAAUGUGAGUUGCAUAAGCUGGAGGCGGGGCCUCCGGAGAAGGCGGUGCUAACGAGGGAGGAGGGGCUUCAGUACUACAGAACCAUGCAGGUGAUAAGGAGGAUGGAGCUGAAGGCCGACCAGCUCUACAAACAGAAGAUCAUCCGCGGUUUCUGUCACCUGUACGAUGGGCAGGAAGCGUGUGCAGUGGGAAUCGAGUCUGGAAUUAAUCAUACUGAUCACCUGAUCACAGCGUACCGUGCUCACGGAUACACACUCACCAGGGGCGGCACUGUGCGUGAGAUCAUGGCUGAGCUCACAGGUCGUCGUGGUGGUAUCGCAAAAGGAAAGGGCGGCUCUAUGCACAUGUAUGCCAAAAAUUUCUACGGAGGAAAUGGAAUUGUGGGAGCGCAGGUUCCUCUGGGGGCAGGAGUCGCACUCGCCUGCAAAUACCAGGGAAAGAACGAGUUGUGUGUCUGUCUCUAUGGAGAUGGAGCGGCCAAUCAGGGGCAGAUAUUUGAGACAUAUAACAUGGCGUCCCUGUGGAAGUUGCCGUGUAUAUUUAUUUGUGAGAAUAAUAAGUAUGGUAUGGGGACGUCUGUGGAGCGAGCAGCCGCCAGUACUGACUACUACAAACGAGGAGACUUCAUCCCUGGACUGAGGGUGGAUGGUAUGGAUGUACUGUGUGUUCGAGAGGCCACUAAAUUUGCUGCGGAACACUGCAGAUCAGGAAAGGGUCCGAUUCUGAUGGAGCUCCAGACUUAUCGUUACCACGGACACAGCAUGAGUGACCCCGGCAUCAGUUACCGUACACGUGAGGAGAUCCAGGAGGUGCGCAGUAAGAGUGACCCCAUUUCCAUGCUGAAGGACCGCAUGAUCAACAACAACAUGGCCAGUGUGGAGGAGCUCAAGGAGAUCGAUGUAGAGGUGAGGAAGGAGAUUGAGGACGCAGCCCAGUUCGCCACCACGGACCCUGAGCCUCCUCUGGAUGAGUUGUGUCAUCACAUCUUCUCCAACAAUCCUCCCAUCGAAGUGCGCGGCACGAACCCCUGGGCCAUGCUCAAAUCCAUCAGCUAAACAUGCGUCCCACCACACACACACACACACACACACACACACACACACACACACACACACAAAAUCUGAGACAGGACCAGUAAUCCACAGAUCCUCAUCAUGUGUGUUUUCUUUUAGAUAGUCACGUGAGUUCCCACGUGAGUUCCCACGUGAGUUCCCACGCUCGCUGUGUCCUGCUGACAUUUUGUACCUUUUCUCCAGAGAAGGGCUGUGGUUAAAAUGUGUGUGUGUUUCUCUUCUUUCUUCAUAACAGUGUUACAGCAUGAUGUGCACACACACACACUCUUGUAGUAUUUGCGUGUGUGCGUGUGUGUGUGUGUGUGUGUGUGAUUUAAAGUUGAUUGCUACCAGCUUUGUGCAUGAUGGAGAAACUGAUAUACAGCAGAGUGUAACUGUACAGGAUUGUGUGUGUGUGUGUGUGUGUGUGUGUGUGUGUGUGUGUGUGUGUGUGUGUUUUAAGUGUAUAUAACACUAAGAAACAGGAUGUAUGUGAGGAGACCUCAGAAGGUUUCUCUCUCUGCCUGUAUGUUAUGUGUUCCAGUCUACCACCAUUAAAGUCAAACAGGGUCAAAGGUCA